CCAUUUCUUUCAUUCUUUCAACAAAAACAAGGCAACAUGGCAUCAUCUUUAAGGUUCCUCAAAAUGUGUCUGUCUUUUAUGAUGUUCUUCCUCUUCAUUUCACAUUCAUACUCAUCUCCAGCUUAUCCCACAAACAAUGACAUUCUCCUUUCUUCAACUGCAUCCUACCCAAAAUUACAAGCAGAAAAUCUCAUAAGAGGGCUUAAUCUUUUUCCAAAAGAUUCCAUAAACACACCAGAGAAUGAUCCUCAUUUUCUUCAUGGAAAUAUUAUGGAGAAGAAGUUCACUUUCCCUGGUUUUGUUGACUCUGGUGCUUCUGUUGAAGAACUUGGUCAUCAUGCAGGCUAUUAUCGUCUUCCUCAUUCCAAAGCUGCAAGGAUGUUCUAUUUUUUCUUUGAAUCUCGAAACACUAAGGAUGACCCUGUUGUUAUAUGGUUAACUGGAGGGCCAGGAUGCAGCAGUGAAAUUGCUAUGUUCUAUGAAAAUGGUCCUUUUAAAUUUUCCAAGGAUAAGAACUUGUCCCUUGUUUGGAAUGAAUAUGGAUGGGACAUGGCAUCAAAUAUUAUAUUUGUAGACCAACCCACUGGAACAGGUUUCAGCUAUACCACUGAUGAUAGUGACGUUCGACAUGAUGAAGACGGUGUUAGCAAUGAUCUAUAUGAUUUCUUGCAGGCAUUUUUCAAGGAACACCCUCAGUUCACAAAGAAUGAUUUUUAUAUUACCGGAGAGUCAUACGCUGGACAUUACAUUCCAGCUUUUGCAUCUAGAGUUCACCAAGGAAACAAAGCAAAAGAAGGAAUUCACAUAAAUCUAAAGGGUUUUGCUAUUGGUAACGGAUUAACCAAUCCGGAAAUUCAGUACAAGGCAUAUCCAGAUUUUGCAUUAGACAAUGGACUAAUUAAUAAGAAUGAACAUGCCAACAUCAACAAGUUGUUCCCACGAUGCCAAAAGGCUAUAGAAUCUUGUGGCACUAAAGGUGGAGACGCAUGCAUGACUUCAAGAAGCAUUUGCAGUGAAAUAUUUGAUCAGAUAAUGGACAUAGCCGGCAACAUUAAUUACUAUGACAUUAGAAAGCAAUGUGAGGGAAGUCUUUGUUAUGACUUCUCAAAUGCGGAAACAUUCUUGAACAUGAAGUCAGUAAGGGAAGCUUUAGGUGUUGGGGACUUGGAAUUUGUUUCUUGCAGUAGCACAGUAUACAGUGCCAUGUUGCAGGAUUGGAUGAAAAAUCUUGAAGUUGGUAUUCCUGCUCUUCUGGAGGAUGGAAUCAAGGUGCUUGUGUAUGCUGGAGAAGAAGAUCUCAUAUGCAAUUGGCUUGGGAAUUCAAGGUGGGUCGAUGCCAUGACGUGGUCAGGUCAAAAAGAAUUUAAGGUGUCUCCUACGACCCCAUAUUUGGUUGAUAGUGAAGAAGCAGGAGAUCUGAAAAGCCACGGACCUCUUGCUUUCCUCAAGGUGAAAGAGGCUGGUCACAUGGUUCCUAUGGAUCAACCAAAAGCUGCACUUCAGAUGUUAAAAGAUUGGAUGCAAGGGAAACUGAUAAGGACAAAGGGAGGAGAUAAUGUCUCGUCUAUAUAAUGCACUCAUCUUAAAACAAAAAUCACAUUCUUAUCUUAUUGUAUACACAUUAAUGGCAUUUCCUUGUGAACAUUGGAAGGAUGAAUAAAAUACAUUUCUUUUUCCCCAAGUCACUCAA